AUGUGGUGGGACGCUUUUGCCGCAGACUUUUUUGAAGAUGAUGCUACGUUAACUAUAAUUAAGUUAAGUCCGAAUGAUGACUCUCGUAACCGCUUGACUAUUGGACGCACGUUAAUUCCUAGGUUUUUUCGAAGCAUGUUUGACCGUGGAGUAACGGAUUUGUACUUUAUUCUCAAUCAACCAAGAGAUUCUGUUGCAAGAAGUAUCAUUACUAUGGAAUGUGAUGAUGCUGCGAUGGUAUAUACAGAAGGUAAACUGACAUUAGAUUUGACAUGUGAUGAUAGUAUGAGAAUUCGAAGAUGGAUGUUUGCUAUUAAGAAUCAUAAAGAAUACAUGCAAGUUAACGCAAAUGAAAAUAGAUCCUAUGGAGUAAAUACUACAAAUUUGAUUGCCUCGUGUUUAUUAAGGUUAACCUCAUCUGUUCACCUGUAUGAAAAGCCUUGUUAA